CCCAGAACACGGCUAUUGUGCGGCGGCCGCGUCCUCCUCUCACACUACAGCGGAGCUCCAGUCUCUGGGAGAACAUGUAUCUCAAGUGGGGGGUGUCUGCAGCUUGUCUUGCGACCAUUGUGGGUAUAUAUUUACUGCCAUCACCAAUUGAUCCAGAGCCAUUUAAGUUUGAAAAACCACCACCACUAGUCGGACCAUUGAUGGUAAACCGAAAGCUGCAUCAUGGAAAAAGACAGUUUUAUGGACAGCUGAAAGGCCCAGAGUCAUUCACCAGUGAUCAUGAAGGAAACCUUUAUACUGGCACUGUGGACGGGAAACUCUGGAUGAUUCACGGAGAGCAGCUGAAGUUUAUAACUCAGAUGGGGAAGAAUAUUUCCCAGUGUGGCACUCCUGAAUAUGAACCAGUGUGUGGUCGCCCACAUGGGGUUCGAAUGGACACCGAUGGAUAUCUAAUUGUGGCAGAUUCAUACUAUGGAUUAUACAGGGUACAUCCACAAACUGGGGAGAAAUAUCUUCUCAUCUCAAAUGAAGAAGGAGUGGACGGAGUUCCUUUUAGGUUUUUGAAUGGACUUGAGUUGUCCAGGGACGGCACUAUAUAUUUCACAGAUUCUAGCAGCAAAUGGCGAAGACAGCAUCACAGAUAUGAGGUACUGGAAACAAAUCACAGGGGACGCUUAGUACGUUAUGAUCCGGUGACAAAGGAGGUGCGGCGUUUACUGACUGACCUCUACAUGGCUAAUGGAUUGGCUUUAUCGCCAGAGGAGGACUAUAUAUUAAUUGCAGAGACUAGCAUCUCCAGAAUCUUACGCUACUGGUUAGCAGGUAGUAAAGCAGGAGUGAAAGAAAUAUUUGCGGACAAUUUGCCAGGCUACCCAGAUAAUAUCAGGAUAUCUAGAACAGGCACAUACAGAAUUGGGAUAACAACCACACGCUUCCCUGGAUUCUUUCCUCCGUUCCUGGAUGCCAUUGCACCUUAUCCUGCCCUAAAGAGAUUUAUUGUCAAGAUUACACCACUAUCAGCAUACAGCAUCCUGCUAAAGAAGCAUGGCUUAUUCCUUGAACUGAACGCCUAUGGAGAUAUAGUGGACAGCUUUCAUGAUCCAGACGGAGGUGUGACAUGGGCGAUAAGUGAUGUCUAUGAGCACCAAGGAAAGCUCUAUUUGGGUAACACUGACUUGCCUUUCCUUGUAGUACUGCAGCAAUAAGGCUAAUUUCAGACAAGUGUGUCCUGUGCGGAAAUUAUGCUCAGUGUGCGAGUAAUUUCCCAUUAUGGACACUACUCGUUUCGCAGGAGCCCACAGCAUUUUAAUGAAUUAUAAUGCUGUGUCAUUGCAUGACCUUACUUCUACAGAAUAAAGGCUCAUGCACAAAACAGUUGUUUUAAUCUGCAUUAAUCUGAUCCGAUUUUUUGCGGGUCAGAUGCAGACACAUUCACUCCAGUGGGGCUGCAAAAGAUGUGGACAGCACUCAGUGUGCUGUCCACAUCCGUAUCUCAGUUCCGUGGCACCUGCAAAAAAAUAGAACAUGUCCUAUUCUUGUCUGUACUACAGACUCUGCAGUCCACAAUACGCGGAUCUGCCAAAAAUAUGAAUGACGUCCUUGUUGCAUUUUUUUUUUAAUGCAAAUCAAUUAUAACAAUGCCUAUCCUUGCCUGCAAAACGGACAUACAGAUUCUGUGCUGUCCGCGUUUUUUGUAUUGGAAUGAAUGCGGACCAAAAAUAGGGUCAUGUGAAUGGGGCCUUAUACUGACAUUAAUGCAGUCAGUAUAAUUCGGUAGACGUAAGGUCAUGCAGAGACACAAAGCAUUAUAAAUCGGUGUGCUCCUGCGAAAACCGAUCAGUGUCCAUAACAGGAAAUCACACCCACACACACAGCGCGAUUUCCGCACAGGACAUGCUGAUAUGAAAAAGGCCUAAGUGGUGCACAGUGGCUGGAUGAUGGCAUGUAUGUUACCUUGUUAGUGAGCCCUUUCAUGAUUUUUUUCACUUUUAUAACAGAUUUUAAAUAGAUUCCUGUUACAUAUAAAGGCUCAUGCACAUGACAGUGUGCUGGCCGGGCCUUGAUGUGGACCUCAAAUUGCAAUGUAGGGCACAGACCGUGGGGCAGCCACACGUGGAUCGGGACCCAUUCACUUGAAUGGGGUCCACGAUCCGCAUCCGAUGGCCCGCGACUAAAAAAAGUAGUGCAUGCAGAAAAACCACGGAAGCACUCCGUAGUGCUUCCGAUCCGUGCUUCCGCACCGCAUCUCUGGGUUUGCAGACUCAUUCAAGUUAAUGGGCCCGCAAUACGGCCACGGCGGAGCAACGGCCAUGUGCAUGAGCCCUAACACGUAUUGGAUGAUGUUUUAUUAUGUACGCCACAGUGAAAACAAAAUCUGUUUUCUAUUAUUUUUGUAAUAAAAUUUAGACUUGUAAUGUUUAGUUGAAGCUCUUGACAACUUUCACUACUGAAGUAAUGUAUCAAUAGUAUAGUUAUGUGAACAAUGCUUCAAUCAUGCAUGAUUGGAAGACAUGAAAAAAUCCAAAGCAUGUUUUAAAAAUUGGGACUUAAAAGGGUUGACAGAACUAAUUAAA